GGCCACUAGGUGGCAGUCAUUUAUGCGCUUGAAAUACCGAAGUAGCUUCCGGGGUCAUAGUUUAAGUAACUUUCAAAACAUGGAUCCUAACAAAACGGGACAUGCGUCAGACCAGAGUGAUGGCGAUAUGGCCUCUGUCAUGGGUUUCUCUGGCUUUGGAAAGAAAGCUCGCACCUUUGACCUGGAUGCCAUCUUUGAGCAGACCCGAAGAACAGCAAUAGAAAGGAGUCAGCAGGUGUUGGAGGGAAGGCAGAAGGAGGAAACUGGGGAGAACUCCCAACAAAGAGACAGACCUCCCGCUCCGGCACCAAGGAGGAAGAAGGAGAGCAGUAGUAGCAGUGACUCAGAUUCAGAGCUCAUCGGCCCCCCAGUGCCCAAACAGUCAACUGGUCUGGAUGAGGAUGAUGACUUAGUGGGUCCCCCGCUACCGCCUGGGUACAGAGGAAGCACAGCUGACGUUGAAGAGGAUGAUGACGAUGAGGAUGUACAGGAUGAUGAUGAUGACAAUCCACUGAAGAAGAUUCCAGACACUCAUGAGAUCACGCUCCAGCACGGCUGCAAAUCCGUGUCUGCCCUGGCUUUGGACCCCUCCGGAGCCCGCCUGGUUACGGGUGGCUACGACUUUGACGUGCGCUUCUGGGACUUUGCUGGGAUGGAUGCAGCUUUGAACGCCUUCAGAACAAUACAGCCCUGUGAAUGCCACCAGAUCAGGUCCCUGCAGUACAGCAUCACCGGCGACGUCAUCCUCGUGGUGUCCGGCAAUGCCCAGGCCAAGGUGUUGGACCGAGACGGCUUCCCGGUCAUGGAGUGUCCCAAGGGAGACCAAUAUAUCGUGGACAUGGCCAACACCAAGGGUCACACCGCCAUGCUGAACAGCGGAUGCUGGCACCCCAAGAUUAAGGACGAGUUCAUGACGUGCUCCAACGACGGGACCGUCCGCACCUGGGACCUGAGCUCGGACAAGAAACACAAGAUGUGCUUCAAACCCCGUUCCCUUCAGGGCAAGAAGGUCACCCCCACCUGCUGCACCUACAGCCGAGACGGGAAGCUGGUCGCAGCCGGCUGCCAAGACGGAAGCAUCCAGAUCUGGGACAGGAACCUCAGUGUUCACACCAAAUUCCACUGUCGCCAGGCCCACGACCCGGGAACAGACCCCUCCUGUCUCACCUUCUCCUACGACGGGAAAGUCCUGGCUUCUCGAGGAGGUGACGACACUCUGAAGACCUGGGACAUAAGGAACUUCAAGAAGCCUCUGAAUGUUGCUACAGGUCUUUCCACCUUCUUCCCCAUGACCGACUGCUGCUUCAGCCCUGAUGACAAGCUGCUAGUGACGGGCACCUCCGUGAAGAAGGACCAGGGCAACGGGAAGUUGGUGUUCUUCGACAGAGCCACCUUCCAGAAGGUUUAUGAAAUCGAGGUCACCAACGCUAGUGUGGUUCGCUGUCUCUGGCAUCCCAAGCUGAAUCAGAUCAUGGUGGGGACUGGAAACGGACUUGCGAAGGUCUACUAUGACCCAGUCAAAAGUCACAGGGGAGCUAUGCUGUGUGUGGUGAAGAGUAAGAGGAAAGAGAGGCAAGCCGAGACACUAACGCAAGACUACAUCAUCACACCUCAUGCGCUUCCCAUGUUCCGUGAGGCCCGGCAACGCAGCACCAAGAAACAGCUGGAGAAAGACAGGCUGGACCCCUUGAAGUCCCACAAGCCUGAGCCUCCCGUCACUGGACCAGGUCGUGGAGGACGUGUGGCUGCCCAUGGAGGCACUCUGUCCUCCUUCAUUGUCAAGAACAUUGCUCUGGACAAAACCGACGACAGCAACCCUCGUCAGGCCAUCCUCCGACAUGCCAAGGAGGCCUCUGAAAACCCCUACUGGGUCGCCCCGGCCUACAGCAAGACCCAACCAGAUGCGAUAUUUCAAGAGGAGGAAGAGUCAGAUGAAGAGGCUGACAAGGAACCAGAGUGGAAGAAACGCAAGAUCUGAGCCGCGGCCCGUCUGUGUAUUUCUGUGUUUGCGUUCGUCUGUCUCUUUCUGUUGUCUGUAUGCUGUGUCGGUGUGUUUCUAUAUGCAUUUGUGAAUGCUUUUGUACUCAAAUCAAAUGUCAUGUUAUUCCGGAGCCAUUAAAGGGAUAGUUCA